CCCACUCUUCUAAUACUGUGUACGCGGUCAAGGAUAAUCCAAUGAUUUUUAGUGAACUUUACACAGAAUAACAAAAUUCUUUUUCUUCAAAUUAGACCACAAAUAUUAGAUAAAGUUCUGAUAACUUACAUAUUGUUAUCAAUGAAAAUUAAAUGUAAACAUGGACAAGCUAUUAAAAGGAAUCAUGAAAUAUAGAUGUACCGUGAAGGAACAAAUGGUUAAACAAUUUUUAGAUGUUAGGGAUAAUCCAACUCCAAAAGCUGUAUUUUUUACAUGUAUAGAUAGUAGAAUGAUACCAACGAGAUUCACACAAACAAAUGUAGGCGAUAUGUUCAUUGUAAGGAAUGCUGGAAACGUGAUACCCCAUUCUCAGCACUUUAUGGAUGAAUUAACAACUAAUGAACCAGCUGCAUUGGAAUUGGGUUGCGUGGUAAAUGACAUACGACAUAUAAUUGUUUGCGGGCAUAGCGAUUGUAAAGCUAUUAACUUAUUAUAUCAAUUACAAGAUCAGGAAUUCUCAUCACAGGAUAAUAGAAGAAUAUCUCCCCUUAGAGCAUGGUUAUCAACUCAUGCACUUUCAAGUUUAGAAAAAUUUCAACAACUCGAAAUAACUGAUUAUAGUAAACCAUUAAUAUUCCAAGCGGAAACACCUUUGAGAAAAUUUGUUGCUUAUAUAGACCCUGAAAACAAAUUUACUAACGAAGAUAAGCUCUCUCAGAUAAAUACUUUACAACAAUUACAGAAUAUUGCAAGUUACGGUUUUUUGAAGAAACGUUUAGAAAAACAUGAAUUGCAUAUUCAUGCUUUGUGGUUUGAUAUAUAUACAGGAGAUAUUUAUUUAUUUAGUAGAGGUGCCAAAAAAUUUGUUUUGAUAGAUGAAGAUAAUGUGAUGAAAUUAUUGCAGGAAAUAGAAAAAUAUUAUUCUUAAAUGUCAAUAAAUCAAAAUACAGUAUAAAAACAAA